CGGCUACAACAGCGUGUUAUUUAGCGGACCACGCGCUACUGAUAAAAUAACAAGACACGUAAACGAUGUGUCGGUGGAGGAUUUUAGAUCGCGAGGGUAUUGUGUUUUUACUACGUCGCGGAAGGAUCUAAUUUUCUCAAGCGAGGGUCGACACAUCCGCCCAGUUUUCCGAUGUUUCAUUCCCCCCGAGUUGAAAAUGGAGUUCGAUUAAAGCAGAUGUCCACCAACUUCUGAGGGGGAAUUUUCAUCGCUGUGUGCUUUUACUUUAACACGCCUGUGCUCGUAUUGAAAACAUUUGGACCCCCGGUUUUUUUUUAAUUUUUUUUUAUUGGAUGCCUUUACUGCAGAUUACUCGGACACGUUGACGGAGCAAACGGCUCCACAGCGCUGCUUUUUUUUUUUUUUUUUUUUUUUUUUUUUCUCUCCCAAGUGUUGUUCAGGACCUGAAGUUGGCGAAUGGAUGCUCGACAGCCAGACAUAAAUAAUCUGCCAGACGUUACAGUUCACAACGUUUUCUACGGUUUUUUGAGGAUCUAUUUUUUUUUGCAAAAGGGGGGAUUCGCGUUUUGACGAGGAGGAUGAUGCCGAUGGCCCAUUUGUUGUGGUCGGAAUUUACGUCCAGGGAGGAUAAAAAUGAAUCAACGAUUGUCAUUCCUCCUCGCGAUUUAACGUUUUAGUUCCCGGCAGCAAAAGCUAACGUGAAGCUAGCUUCACUUGGCACAUCAUCACAGGGACGCUUAGUUAGUUAGGCAUGCCCCCCGUUGGAACAGUGUUUACAUGCUUAUCCGAAAUAGUGUGUGUGUGGGGGGGUAAUUCCUGUAUGUGAAGGGGGGAAAAAUGGUGAUAUUUGUGGUGUUUUAUCCCGCCGUCACUGCGUCGUCGAUGCUAUUGCUAGGAUUUGGAUCCCCGUGAGGAAAAAAAUGAGUGAAGAUUCAACAAAUCCAAACAACGAUGACAGUUAUGCGCGCGUGAGAGCAGUGGUCAUGACUCGGGAUGACUCCAGCGGUGGGUGGCUUCCCCUGGGGGGCGGAGGCCUUAGCUGUGUCACCGUCUAUAAGGUCAGCCGGGGAGAGGACAGCGGCAGCACCCACAGCGGAGGCAGCGGAGGAAGCAGCACUAACCUCAGCCCCUGUAGCUCGAGUCCUAGUCCGAGCCCUAGUCCCAGUCCAAGUCCCACCUCUGUGGAGUUCCACAUCAAGGGCGAGAGGCUCAAAGACAAACUGGUGGUGCUGGAGUGUGUCCUGCAGAAAAACCUCAUAUACAACAAGGUCAACCCCAUCUUCCACCACUGGCGGAUCAACGACAAGAAGUUUGGACUGACGUUUCAGAGCCCGGCUGACGCCCGAGCAUUUGACCGGGGAAUUCGUCGAGCCAUCGAGGACAUCAACCAGAGUUGUCGGUCAUUUGGAGAAGGCGAUACACCCGAGGACGGACUACCGGUGUGUGAUGAGCCCCCCUCAAUCUGUACGCCAGUGAAAGAGCCCUUCUCUCCCCUGAACAACGUCGUCUCCACCGAGCCAUUCAGGGGCUGCUAUGUCCGCGCGCAACCCUUCGACGAGUUCCCCUCGAGCAACCGCCGCUACCUGCCUCCUCAGGUCUCCUUUAAAUCGUCUCGUCAUGUCAGCUUUCACAUGGACGAAGAGGAGAUCGUUCGCAUCAACCCGCGCAAAGACGUGCUCAUCCGAGGCUAUGAGGACUACCGCCACCCUGUCAUGUGGAAACAGGAGGCUGACCGCGAGGACCUGGACUUUCCCUCCACCUUCCACAAACUGGACAGUAAGAAGUGUGAGUACCUCUUCCCCGACGGACCCGGUGGGGACUCCCACUCUGGCCCUGGAAUGGGCAUUGGAACAGGAAUGGGGCUCGGUCUGGGCAAGGACACAGCCAUCAAGACUCAGCCGUCGCCUGUGCUCAAGUCAAAGAAAGGCAGACGGAGGCGAGAGGACGGUGAGCGCUCGCGCUGCAUCUACUGUCGGGAGAUGUUUAACCACGAAGACAACUGGCGGGGGCAGUGCCAAGACGCCCCUGACCCCAUCAAGCAGUGCAUCUACAAAGUCAGCUGCAUGCUGUGCGCCGAGAGCAUGCUGUACCACUGCAUGUCCGACUCGGAGGGUGACUUUUCGGACCCGUGCUCAUGUGACACAUCUGACGAGCAGUUCUGCCUGCGCUGGCUGGCCUUGGUGGCGCUCUCCUUCAUCGCCCCCUGCAUGUGCUGCUACCUGCCUCUGCGCGCCUGCCACCAUUGUGGCGAGGCCUGCCGCUGCUGCGGGGGCAAGCACAAGGCAGCGGGGUGACCCAACGCUGGGCUCUGGGACACCCUCAAAGCUAGCUAACACGGAAAGUGGAUACAAGCGGAAAAUUCAAAAAGCCGGCAUCCUUUUUUCAUUCCCUCUCAGACGGGGUGAUAUGUUGUUGACCCCCAGCUCUGAGGGAUUUUGGAGAUUUCAGUUUGCGUUUGUCGCCGACAAGCAGCGGUGGAGGACAAACCAUAUGCUUUGUGGGGGCUCUGAGCAACAAGCUAAAAGUUUAGGAGCUUAAUCUGAGGGGAAGAAGAGGAGUCGAGAUUAAUAGACUUGGAGAUGUUACUAAACACACCUAUUCACGCAUACACACACCUCUUUCACAUUCACACUCAUGCAUUGACGAAGCCAGGCCACAAAAUGUCAGAACUCUACUCCAAGUCACGUGUAACUUUAUGAAGGAAAAUUGUCUUUUGUACAGAGAGCGACAACUUAAUGACGAAAAAAGAACAUACAACUAUUCUGCGUUCAGAGAAAUACUUGCUGUUUGAGUAUGCUAAAAGGGAUUUGUUCUUGCUUUUUUGUGAAUUUGCAGUUGGGUAAAAGUGGCCUUUCCUUCAUGGCUUUAGCGUUUGCUGACUAUGUAAUUACUAGACAGAGAAAAAGUGCACUAGAAAUGGUAUUCCCCCCCCCCCCCCCCGGAGUAAGGUCAUCCUCUGAAAUACUUGUGGAACAUUAACCACCACAUUUGGAGUUAUUCUAACAUUCAAGAGAUGUUGUAUGGCCAAUUCUUUGUUUUCUUUUCAAUCAAAUGUUGAAAGAAGUCACAAAUGAACAGGUUGGUUUUUGAAGGUACAUCUUGGUAUAACUAUAGACAUUAUUUUUUGAACAUUUAAAAACCAUUACCUUGCUUUCCUGAGGUGAUUUUGACCAUUUGAUUGCAUUCCAAAGCAAAGGGAUCAAUUCCACAAUUAGAAGGGAAACAAUUAAAACUUUUAACACACCGAGUUACGCUAAAAAUAGUUUUCCCACAUCAUGAAAAAAAAAAGAACAUGCAUAAGAACCAAUACGAUUACAUUUACCCCGGUGAAUUUCAGUUUAAGUUCAAGUUCUUCACUGCUGUAGUGAAAUUGGUGUUUUUUGUUUGAUCAUUGUUAUUUUCCUGCUCACUUCUGUUAUAAUUAUUUUCGAAACAAUGGCUGAAAUGUUGCUCAACCAGCAAGUUUUGUUUGUGGUGAGUGAAGGGGAUACUGUGCUCCUUGGUUAUAUGAUGAGGCACUUAAAUUAGGCUUUAUUUUGAUCGAGAAUCCCUCAGAUUCAAAGUCAGUCUGAACAUACAUUUGACUUAAUUUAACAUCCAAUUAGGCACGGAGGGGGAAAACGCCCUCUUUAUAGCACUGCUCUCCAAGCUUUGGUUGCAGCACCCUCUCCAAAUUUCUGUGUUCGUCCCAUGAAUCAGUUCUUCUUCUUCUUUUUUUUUUUUUUUUUUACGUUUUAUUUUCUCGUCAUAUCGUGUGUAAAUGUCGUUUUUCUUUUUGUUACCUUUAAAGUCCACUCCUUCCUUUUGUCUAGGCCCUGAAUGAAUGGAUGAGUGAAUGCAUUGUUGCAAGAAAGCUGAGUAUCUUAGCUUUUUAUAAACAUACAGAUGUUAUACGUGUGUGUGUGUGUGUGUGCAUAAGUCUUACUAUGCACUGUUGGUAUGAUGUCGUGUAACGUCACUGACUGUGAUCAAGGCUUCGACUCGUUUCCUAAAACGUGCGUUAUCGCCCUCCGUAGUAAACCAAGACGUGAUCCGUCUGUAAAGCAGGAGUUUGACAUUGUGGGAAAUUCACUCUUUUACGUUCUUGGUUGGAGUUUUGUGAGGAGAUCGAUUCCUCUUCCACAUCUGUCCAGUCAAUGUGGCGGCGGCGGCUUGUCUCAGCGUAGCAUUGAAAACAGUAGCAGAGGGAAACUGCUAGCCUAGCUUUGUCCAAAUGUAUAAAAGAAUCUCCCUACACUUUCACAGCACACUUAUUAACAUAUUGUAACGUGUGUAUUUUAUUUAUAGAAACACCUCAGCUCAAAUAAUGACAGUUCUAACUUUAACAGAUGGUUAUGUGCGGUACUAUUUCCGGUUUGCGCACCGUGACUUCCUCCUGCGGGGUCACAAUGUAAAAAAAACUUCUCCAGGACAUCACACAUCAUGAAACCACAGCUCCUCACUUUUACAUUUUCUUUCGCAGCAUUGAUAACUAAACUUUGUUACCUUUUGCAAAGUGCCAGGCUAGCUGUUUCCCCUCUGGUGCUAACACUCAGCUAAGCUAACCAGCUGCUGCUCAACAGACAGGUAGAAGGGUGGCCUCAAUAUCUCUUUUCUCCCAACAUGUCAAACUUCUCCUUUUAACAUCUUUUUAGGAAACAAGGCAGUGUGUAUGCCCGAGUCUAGCUCUGUUUGAACCCCCUGUCCCACUUAAAAGAGUCAAAGAUGUCAAAUAAACCGAUGAGAAGUCUGAACAAAACACUUAAAAGAGAACAAACUCCCAACAGUCAAACAGUUCAGUUUGGAUCCCUGCCUGCAGAACUGAAAUUCCCCCUUGCUAAAGUGUUAGCAUGUUUAGACUCUAGGGCUAAUUGUGAUUCACCUCAGUUUUUAACAGCAGAUUUGGUACCAUCUGCUAACAGAUAUGAAUCUCUUCUUAUCUCCUGGGUGGAAAAAAAAAAAAAAAAAACAAUAUAGUGACACGACUGGAAGACAAAAGAAACAUUUAUUUUCCUAACUCCGCUCUCACCAACGCUCCCUUUACUUUCUAUGCAAACUUUCUACCAUGGGAAACACAUCGACCUCUCUGCAGACUGAGUCAGUGACGGGACGGGACACUUAGACGACAGAACCCCUGGUACCAAACUCCAAAACACCUGUAAAUACUUAACACUAUAUUUAAGUUCUGGUAAUAAUCCCAGCUUAUUUUUUUUUUUUUUUUGUUGUCUUUGAAAUGUUAAAGAUAGAGCUGUAUUUAUCGUUGCUGUCAGCAUAUACUGUAGCUUCAAUUGACAGCAUUAUGUACAUAGGUCACCUUUUAGUAUUAUUUCACAUUGAAAAGUAGAGGGCGUUUGCGACGGAAAUGACUAUUGAGCUUCUAAUAGAGUUUCUCUCUAGUUUUGUACGGUAGACGGAAGGAUAGUGCUAACACGGUACGUCAGUGACAGUCCACUUGUUUCAAAAGUUUGAUAUAUAUAAAUAUAUAUAUAUAUAUAUAAAUACAUACAUAUAAAGCUGCUAGAUACAAUCACUAAUUUUAUUGUGUUGACAGAGAAAAUCAGCUAUGAACGACUGUUAAACCCUAAUUCUCCAACAGCAUCUGAACAUGACGGCGUGUUUUUCAAAGUUUGAUUGCUCUGCGUGAUGACGAGUGUGUGCGAGAGAGAUUCUGUGUGUGUGCGUUUUUGUUUCGUGCGUGCGUGCGUGCGUGUGUGCGGGGUUGGUGUGUAACCAAAUGUUUGGUUGCUUCUCAUAUUCUCCCACUGUAAUUGGAUAAUUCUGCAUUAUUGCAAGCUGAACCAAGGUUUGAUGAACCUGAUUAAAAACUUGCUGGCUGAGAAGCAAAAAAAAAUGUAGGACGUGCAUUUAUACAAAGUGUAGAGAAUGCUGAAAUAACACUUCUCAUUCUGCAUUAACCAGCACAGUGCAACUUCCUGUCAUGUACUGUAUUAUAUAUGCAACAUGUGUCUGUCUGCUUUAAUAUAUAUAUUUUUUUGACCUGCAUUAUAUAAGACUUCAGUUUUAACCACUUUGCUGCUAGUCUUUUAUCCUCUUUCAAUCUUGGAAAAUUGUGCAUAUCUUUGGGAAUGCAUACCAGUGUACAUUCUUGACAUUGUGUAGAUUUAAAAAAAAGAAAAAAAGCUAUAUAAAUCUGUUUCUCUUCAGUGUAUUGUUUUAAAAAAAAGGUUACUUUUCACAGCAGUUGAGUGGUUAUGUUUCAAUUCUCCAAUGCUUUGGUGCACUGAUGAUACUAUAUGUAAGCUUUUUUUCAUCUUACAGCGCUUGAUGUAACAUUUAUGUGAUUAGUUCUAAAUAGUGGAAGACAUUUGUGUUUUGAAACUUGCAGUAUAAAUGGUACUACUCUUAACUAUUCUGUAAACACUGCCUGUUUUCUUUUUUUUCUUCCUUUCACUUUCUCUUUGUGCAUUUUCCUUUCCUGUGCAUCUUCUUCUUUUUUUUUUUUUUCCUCCUUAGUGCCAUCGGCUUUCACAUCCUGACAACCUCAAAAAAGUGCCUCACGUCCAUCCUUGUUUCCGUUUUAUAAUUUAACGUUUCUCGUUCUGGUUCUAUUGGUUUCUACACGUCUAGGUAUUUCCUCUCAUGGUGUGAGAAUACCGAGUAUAUGAUGUAAAAUUUAUAGUCCCAAUAACUCAUGUCAUAGUUGUAUUUUCUUUAUACAGAUGUAGCUCGUUACUUUUCAUAAAUAUAUAAUGUAAAUAUGCAUACAUAUGUUUGUAACUGUUUUUAUGUUACAUCAUACACUUGUAAUUUGACAUAUCAAAUAACAUUAUCAUAAUAAAAUGGUGAGUUUUAA